AUGGACAAUGCUUCGUUUAUAGCAUCACUGUUGGCUGGAGCUGCGGCUGGGACAUCCACAGAUCUCGCCUUUUUUCCUAUUGACACUUUAAAGACGCGUUUGCAAGCAGUGGGUGGCUUCUUCGCAAAUGGAGGAUACUUUGGUGUGUAUAGGGGCCUCGGAAGCGCAGUGGUAGCCAGCGCACCAAGCGCCUCAUUAUUCUUUAUUACUUAUGAUGGCAUGAAAGGUUAUUCGCGUCCUCUCUUUGACCAACUUAUGCCUUUGAAUAGUCAAAUGGCCGAAACCGCGACACAUAUGUUCUCCUCAUCGUUGGGAGAAAUUUCGGCUUGUAUGGUAAGAGUGCCGGCAGAGGUGAUCAAGCAAAGGACCCAAACUCACAAAUCCGAUUCCUCCUGGCAAACACUAGUCAAACUCUUGCGAAAUCAAAAUGGGGAAGGUAUAAGGCGAAACCUUUACCGCGGUUGGUCAACUACGAUUAUGCGUGAGAUUCCUUUUACUUGCAUUCAGUUCCCCCUGUAUGAAUUUCUCAAGAAAAAGUGGGCACUGGCGGCGAACUGCGACCACGUAGCUGCCUGGCAGGGAUCUUUUUGUGGUUGCCUGGCGGGUGGUGUGGCUGCCGCUACUACAACACCACUUGACGUACUUAAAACUAGACUUAUGCUGAGCCAAACCUCCGUUCCUGUUUUGAAGCUCGCGCGUAAAAUUUACGCCACUGAGGGGUGGAGAACAUUUUUCAGCGGAGUAGGUCCGAGGACAAUAUGGAUUAGCGCAGGCGGUGCUAUUUUCUUGGGUGUUUAUGAAGCCGUGCACUCUGUUCUUGCAUAA